ACCUGUAGAGAGAAGAAACUUUCACUUGAAAGUAUUUAUGAAUCACACCUGUUGUUACCUGUGGUUGGAACGCGCACACUUUCGCUUUCUCGUCCAAACGUUUUCCACGGAAACUAAAAUGACUUCUUGGACUUUUUAUCUCGACACGUACGGAUCUCUGUCCUAACGCCAGCAGCGAUAGUGAAUUUAAAACCACGUCUUUGAAUCCGAGGCAUUUCUGCGUCUCUGACAUGGCUCUGAGUUACUUCCUGGCCUGUGGGAUCCUUCUCUCCAGUCUCGCUCCUCCGUGUGUAGUUUCUGCAAAGCCUCCGAUGUACGGUCUCCUGGGGCAGGAGGUCCACCUGAAGCCAGUCUUCACCGGACACCCUGACGACAUCCUGUGGAAACUCGAUGGCAACAAAGUGGUGGAAUUUAAUGGGAAGGAGGAGCAGGUGUACAGCCGUUAUCGAAGCAGGGUCACCCUUGACUGGGUCUCGGCAGAACUCGACAUCAAAGACCUCAGUCAUGAAGACAGCGGAGAGUAUGAACUGGAAAUAUAUGUGAACAAAGAGAUGCAUCGUUUCGCCUAUAAAUUGGAGGUCAUAGAUAAGGUCAACAAACCCAGCGUCUCCUGUGAUAUGAACAGCAGCAGCUCUGACACAAGUGGAACCUGGGCGACGCUGACAUGCUUUGCAGAGCCCACACGGCCCCUGUCCUCGUUGAAGAAUGAGUAUGUGUAUGAGUGGGAGUCAAGUGGAAAUGUGAUGACCGGCCAUCAGUUAAAAAUAUUGCUGGAGGAAGAAUCGGAUGAUCAAAAAUACACUUGCAAAGUGAGCAACCCUCUGACUUCUGAAACGACGACGUUCGCUGCAAAGACUUGCUACCCUGAUGAAAGUUCAUCUGUAGCUCUGGCUGUCAGUCUAACCAUCAUCUCCAUCCUCCUCUUACUAUUGGUAUUGGCUAUAGUGUUCUGCAAACUAAAGAAUAAAGCAUGUUUUGCAAAAGGCAACAGACAUGAUGAGGAGAAUGGGCGUUCACCAACAAAAGCUGGUAAAGAGACAGAUCAAAACAAGGAAAAGGUGCGUUUAUUGCACGAAGUGCCCACGCUCCUCUCUAAUCAGCGACUCAGACCUUAUGUCCAAGCUCAUCGUGACGAGGCGACUGAUCUCCCUGCCGACAAUCCCAGAGAACACGCAGCCGCAGACUUGGACAAAGGAGAAGAAUCAAAUAAGGAGGAAGAUCAAAUUGAAAAACUAUUUGGUGUAAAACUCAAGCCAACAGGUUUCAAACGUGCCCCUCAAGUUCCAGACCAUCAAGAAGAAGGCAAGCGCAGGCAUGAGUCAGAGUGUGAGAGGCAGUCAGACAGCAGGGCAGCAGAGGAAGAGGACGACGAGGGUAAAACUGAGGAGGACCGGCCGCCCACCUCUCCUGAGCAAAACAUGUCAGAAACUGCUCCAGGUAAACAUCACUCAAAGUUUCCAGAGGGAAAAACACAAGCGAAAGAAGACGACCAGACAAAAAUGGACAAAACUGUUUCGGGAGAUAAACGUGAAUCAGAUGGAGAAGAAACAGAAGAUAAUCUAUAUUCAGACACCUCUCAGAGCCCAACACCAAAAAAUACAGACAACACUCAAACCAAUACGUUUGAAAAGUCUCCAGACGCUGCCCUUCCAGAUCCAGACCCCAAAGUAGAAGGCGAGAGCAAGCAGAAGUCAGAGUGUGAGAGGCAGUCAAACAGCAGCGCAGCAGAGGAAGAGGAUGACGAGGGUAAAACUGAGGAGGACCGGUCGCCCACCUCUCCUGAGCAGAACAUAUCAGAAACGGCUUCAUGUGAACCUCACCCAGAGUUGUCAGAGGGAGAAACACGCUCGAAAGAAGACGACCAGCCAGAAAUGGACAAGACUGUUUCUGGAGAUAAACAUGAAUCAGAUGGAGAAGAAACAGAGAUUCUAUGUGAGGACACCUCUCAGAGCCCCACACCAAAAAAUACAGACAAUAAUCCAACCAAUAAGUUUGAAAAGUCUCCAAACGCUAAAAUACCAGAUCCAGACCCCAAAGUAGAAGGCGAGAGCAAGCAGAAGUCAGAGUGUGAGAGGCAGUCAAACAGCAGCGCAGCAGAGGAAGAGGACGGUGAGGAGAAAACUGAGGAGGACCGGCCGCCCACCUCUCCUCAGCAGAACAUGUCAGAAACUGCUUCAGGUGAACAUCACUCAGAGUUGUCAGAGGGAGAAACACACUCGAAAGAAGACGACCAGCCAGAAAUGGACAAGACUGUUUCUGGAGAUAAAUGUGAAUCAGAUGGAGAAGAAACAGAGAUUCUAUGUGAGGACACCUCUCAGAGCCCCACACCAAAAAAUACAGACAACACUCAAACCAAUACGUUUGAAAAGUCUCCAAACGCUAAAAUACCAGAUCCAGACCACCGAGUAGAAGGCGAGAGCAAGCAGAAGUCAGAGUGUGAGGAGCAGUUAGACAACAGCGCAUUAGAGGAAGAGGACGACGAAGGUAAAACUGAGGAGGAGCGGACGCCCACCUCUCCUGAGCAGAACAUGCCAGAAACGACUUCAGGUGAACAUCACUCAGAGUUGUCAGAGAGAGAAACACACUCGAAAGAAGACGACCAGCCAAAAAUUAACAAACCUGUUUCUGGAGAUAAAUGUGAAUCAGACGGAGAAGAAACCGAGGAGAAUCUAUAUACAGACACCUCUCAGAGCCCCACACCAAAAAAUACAGACAACACUCAAACCAAUACAAUUGAAAAGUCUCCAAACGCUAAAAUACCAGAUCCAGACCCCCAAGUAGAAAGCGAGAGCAGGCGGAAGUCAGAGAGUGAGGGGAAGUCAGACAGCAGCGCAGCCAAGGAAGAGGAUGGUGAGGAGAAAACUGAGGAGAAAACUGAGGAGAAAACGAAGGACGAGUGUGAUCCAAAAGAAGAAAAGCCAGACCACAUGAGCGAGAGUGAGGAUAAAGGAGAAAAGAAAACUGGGGCUGUUGAAAAAUGAAAGUGAAAAUGUAAAUAUAAUCAACUGGAAUAUAAUUCAAAUGAACAGCGGGUGGAGGACUCUCAAACAUCAGGCCAGACAAACAUCAACCUGUUGGACUGAAAGGAAAUUAUGGAGAGAUUCACAUUCAGGAAGAGCCACUGAGAACAAAUACCCAAGUAAACAAAAAAGGACAGUUGUUGGGUCGAAGUCCACAGACCGAAAGCCGACAUGUGAUUUAUGCAUCAUUGCUUUUAUUAUUUUUUUAAGGAACACAAUACAAAAUGUGUCAUUCAAAUUAAUUAUAACCGAUAUGUAAGUAUGACAUAGUUAUCCACCUUUAUACACUGAGAAAGACGAGCCUGAACUGAAAUGACGUUACGGAAAUGACGGUGUUUGGGAAUUGGCAGAAUAACACAUUUUAACUCAGAGUAAAGAGAAAGAAACUUUGUAAUUUAAAGUUGUUAGUAUCCUUCUCUUAGGAUUCCCACUGGUCCUGCAACGUUAACCUACUGCAGAACAUUCAAAACAUAUUCAAACUCCUGCAUGUUUUUUCAUAUUUGGUUUUAUUGCAUCCUGCUAAAAUUAGGGAAAUCGCUCAUCCCUCUACAAUCAGUUUCCCAUAAUGAUAUAUCAUAAAACGGGAUUUGGGAUUAGUCUCAUAACAGAUCAGGUCUCAUAACAUAUGUUGGAGCAAAAACUAAGCAAAGACGAGCUUCAAGAAUCCGUCUAGAGUCAUAAAAGACUCAAGAAUAUAUAUGAUUUUAUGGUGCUUCCUAAUUGUAUACAUUCUCUAAAUGUUAACCUCAUUACAUGCUUUAAAGAAUAUUUUAUCAAAAAUAAUUAACAAUCCAAUAUGUAGUCAAAACCGGGAGGUUUUUUUAUAUUCACUAAUCUAUAGAUGUCAUAUAUUUUUAGAGCUCAGGGUUUUUUAUUUUUCAGCACUGAUUAUUUAUUAAUUGUUUGUGAUUUCCAUUUGUGAAAGUACAGUUACUUUAUUUUCAUCUUUUAAGUUUUUAUUAACUUUUCUCUUGUAGUUUUGCUUUUAGUUUAAAAACCUACACUACAUUUAUCAGUAAAUA